AUGCCCUCGCUGAGCAUAGACGCGUGCCAGCAGUGCUCCGCGGCGGUGAACGCCGCGGCUGGCUUGUUACAAGUGCGAGAGGCGAUGCUGCUGAAGCAGUUGCUGCGCAACGCCUCGUCGUACUUGGAGUGGGGGGCAGGCACAUCGACGGUGCUUGCGCUGACCACCAUGCACCGCCAGGGAGUCGUGCACACCAUCGAGAACCAGGACGGGUGGUGCGGUGUGAUGAACACGCGAACGGACAUGCGCUGCAUCCACGCGUGCACCGAGCGCCCCAGCCGCUUCCAGCUGCACUGCGUACGUGACGGCGCGCAGCUCGCGGGCUACCACUUUGAUCGCAACCUGUCGCUCCACAGUGUUCCGAGGCCAUACAACGGCGUGGUGAAGUUCAGUGGACAGGAGGUCGUGCCGGCGCGCGAGCACGGGUUCCAUUACGUCCGCCUGGCGGCGGAUCUGCAGGACACGUUCGAUCUCAUCCUGGUCGACGGGCGUUGGCGAGUGGCGUGCGCCAUGCAAGCGUGGCUGCUCGCCAAUGAGAAAACGACCGUGCUCUUCCACGACUGGGGGCGCAAGGAGUACCACAGUCCGACCCUGUACCAUUUCAAAGUGGUCGACCAGGUGGGCCAGCUCGCUGUUCUGAAGCCUAAGCACUCGAAGCAUGCCAAGAAGAGGGAGGUUGUUUGGAGCGACCUUCUGAGUGCGCUGGAUGCCCCAGGCCCUUGA